UGAUGGGCACGUUUGGCUGCGGUCCCACCACAGACACCGUGGUGCCAAGACAGCCUGUGGGGCUCUGGACGGGAGGGAGGGACGUAGACACGCUCCUCUUGGGGCCUCGCGGCUCCUCCAGGCGUGUCCCUCCACCCAUCCUCCCUACCCCUGCUAAGCGCCUGGGUUGGCCUUCAAGAGGAAACAGCAGACACCCAAGGACGUUUGGGGACACCUUCCAAAAAUGGCGCAGAGUGGACCUGGCCCUGAGAGCCAGCAGGAUCCCAGCGGGAGGGGCCCGAGCCCUGCGGCCAGAAGCACGGCCUCGCUGGGGACCCUGGGCUGUCCCCUCAAGCCCCCACGCCGCCCAGCCCGCCUGCCCAGCCUUAUUCCUCGGUGCAGGGAGAGAUCCCUGCCACCGGAACAGACAACUCGGCCGCUGCAUCUGAAACCGCAGGCCCUCGGGGCGGCGGGGGAGACAGGGCUGAGGGGGUCACCCGCGCUGCCUCCUGCAAGCUGCCCGGCCACGCGACCCGUGUCCACGCCGAGAGCCGGCCACCCACCCGUGAACCCCGCACGUCGUUACCUGUGCGGCCGCCUCCGUCCGCCUGCUCCCCGCCGAGUCCUCCGUCCCUCCUCUGCCCGGCGGCUGCCAGCGAUUUGCGGUGGGUUUUGUUUGCCAGUCCGGCCCCCGUGCCCACCGGUCCCCGGGAGGCGCCCCGGCCCGCCGCCCGUUCGUGGCAAGCGUCCACGUCCCCUUCCCUCCUGGCCCCCACGGUGCCAGCGCGGAGGCACCGGCAGGGACGGAGCCCGGCCAGCCUCCCGCAGCCGAGUGUCGCCAGGCGGCCGCUGCGGCUUUUCUUGUAUUUUAAACACACACACACACACACACACACACACACACUCUCGCACACGCACACACGCCGAGCCCCCCGCCCCUGACAACACGCAUCCCUUCUGUCGGGGAGCAGCCCCAGCCAAGAAAGCCGGAAGCGAGCAGAGCUGCGCCAGCGCGGAAGCCGGGCCCGGGCUCGAGCCCCCCCCCUCCCCGCCACCUCCCUCCCACGGAACUCCUGUCCGCCCAGGGGGUUCUCCUGACCGGGCGCCCCUCUUGGCCACACAUGGCCCCGGCCUGUCCCCGAGGGGAGCUGCUUGCCGAGCGCCGGCUGCCAGCUAGACGGCCAAGGGCCUGGCCUCCCCAAGCCCGCAGUCCACCACGGGCCGGGCCGCAGGGAAGGCGCCGGGUGGGCGCGCCUGGCCUCGUGGGAGCGGGGCCCUCGGUGCGCGAGAUGGGCCGGCCUCUAGCCAAGAGGGGGCCGUGGACGCGGGGCCCCUUCCGUCCCCACGGCCCACGGGGUUGGCGGCCAGCAAGCGGCCCGGAGGGAGGGGAGCCUCUGGCCCGGCUCCGGUGGCUGCUCGGGGCCGAGGUCACGCAGACGCGCUCCGCUGAGGCCUGAGUGCCCGUCUGGGCCGACGGCCACCCGUCCUCGAGAAGCCUCCCUUAAGCCGUGUCUUUGGGCCCCGCCCUGCUUCUCUGUGUCUCCUUUUUCUCACCGCUGAUUUAAGGACUCGAUUGACGACUUCCACACCUUCGCUCUCCGGACGGACAAGGAGGAAGGGCCACUGCAAGACGCCAGGUGGAGGCCCGGUCACCUCCGGUGCAGGCUCCGCCCGGAGACCUCUCUCCCUCCGGAACCUCCCUGCCUAAAGCUCUGCUCGUGGUGGGACAAGGCCCCUGCCUGCGACUCCGGCUCUGGUGGCUGCUCUGGUCUCUUGCCCUCUCCUCACAGCCCGUCAAGCCCAGCGGCCCGGGCUGCAAGAGGUUCUGGAAGGAACGGCCCCUGAAGCCCUGCCCUCCUGCUGCCUCCUUGCGCUCACUCGGCUGUCCUCCACACACCUUCUGGCCGCUUCCGGAAGAUUCUAGCAGCCUCUGCCGAGGUGCCAGCAGUUCCCGCUCCCCUCCCGUCCGGCGCCCCCUGCGCAUUGGAGGCUUGCUCGCCUGCCUCCUUAGGGGCCUUCCCUGGCCACACCUGUGUUUUUAAUGGAAAAAUCCACAUAACGCACCAGUGGCCCUUGAAGCGACAGGAAAGUGCGCAGCUCAGGCCACCGCCUCUACCUGUUCCAGACACUUCCGUCCCCGCACGCGGAGGCCCGCCCCAGCCCCAGCCCGCCGGCCCGCCUUCCGUCUGGAUUUGCCGGCUCCGGGUGGUUCACGUCGCAGAGUGUUGGAUUCGUGGCUUCUCUGUGGCACGGCCUUUGCAAGGCUCGUCCACGCCGCGGUCUGCAUCAGACCUUCCUGCCCUUUUUCGGGGCUCCUUGUUUCCUCCUUGCAGGGCGCCUCAGCGUCCUUCCACGUGGAGCAGGGCCUGACUCCGCGCUCCAUCCCCGGCACCCACGCCGGGCAUGGCAGGCACCCCACUCCAGUCCCACACCCCACGGAUGAGGGCACAGCCCCUCACCCGCCGGGCUCUGCUCCCUGCCGCGUUUCCCCUCCAGCGUGUGAUGUGAUGGGGGUGGGGCGCAUCCCCCAGGCUGUGGGACCUGGCAUCUGUGGCCACCGUGGCAGCUGCCGUGUUGCCCAGCCAGGUGACACCUGCAUGCUGGGUGUGGUUGUGGGAUCCAGGCCCGUGGCCGGUCUACGAACGUCCCUUUCUCAGUCCCUGUAGGAGGGAAGAUCAGGAGGGUCCAGAACAGCCUCCGAAAAUGAAAUGAGACGAGCUUGCGGGGACAGGUAUGGAUGUAAGACCAGGCCUGUGGCACGGGGCAGGGACUGGCCCUGCGCAGGGCAGGGCCGGGGAGGGAAGGCCGUCGGGAAGGCCGACCCGCGGCCACAGCCAGAGUGACCCCGAGCCCCGCCUCCUCAGGGUGCCUGUGUGCACAGCUGCGGAGGCUCACGCCAUGCCUCCCCACCCCAAGCUCUCCUGGGGCUCCGGCUGUCACCCUGAUGGAUGGGCUGAGUCGGGGGACCCUGGCUGGGCCAGCGCCUCAUCCAUCACUGGGGGCUGGCUCCUGGCGGGCCGGCCGCAGCAGCUGCCUGAGUGGCCUGGUGCGUGCCUUCAGUCCCUGUCACCCCAGCCUCUCCAGCCAGAGCGGGUCGGUGAAUGGCUGGGU